UAUCUACACAAUCUGGGGAAUCUUAGCUUCGGUGCUAGUCCAGGCCCGCAGAUAAGUCGCUGCUCUGAGUGUGGCACGCGGAGAGCGAGGAAAUGAUAGGCGACGCUACAGCUUGGAGUGUAUGCCUUCCGCCGCCGCAUAUAAAGAGUCGAGCAAUGCACCACCUCGAAGGCUAUAGAGCAUUAUCAGCUUUCCUUACAUACUUAGUUGCGCUCGGCUCAGUAGUGAGACGUCUUCGACAUGUCUAACUUCGAUGCUGCUCCUCCGAAUACCCAUGCUGGUGGUAACAACAAUGUCCUGCGAGCAAAGGGCAACGACCCGAUGAACCCUGCGGCCCCUUCUCAAUAUGCCGACGAGAAUGUCGACAUGGUGGCUUAUUCGAAGAAUGUCCCCUUAUGGAAGCGUGUAUACCAGCACAGCUUGACUCAGAUGAUGCUACUCAGUGUUCAGGCGUUUUGUGGUCCAGCAAUGACCGAUGCUAUUGCUGGUCUCGGCGGAGGUGGACUUGCAACUCCCCAGACAAGCAACAUUGCAACUGCAAUCAACUACGCUCUUCUCGCCAUUGUCUGUCUGCUUGGUGGUCCCAUCGUGAACAAGCUCGGGACCAAAUGGGCACUCGUUAUCGGCGCCAUGUCUUUUCCCAUUCGAGGCUCUUCAUAUUAUUGCAAUAGCAAGUUCGGCAACCAGUGGUACCUGAUCCUUGGUUCCUUCUUCACCGGCAUUGGAACAGGGUGUUGGUAUGUCGCUGAGUCGGGUUCUAUCAUGUCACUGGCUCCCUCAGGAGCACGUGGGAAGUACCUCGCUCUGUGGAUCGUAUCGCGGAACUUGGGCCAGCUCGUUGGAGGUGCGAUCAACCUGGCGAAGAACCACCAGAAGGGCGCAUCAGGAGGUGUGACACCGGAUACAUAUAUUGCGUUCCUGAUCAUUGAGUCGAUGGCUUUGCCGUUUGCCUUUUUGAUCUCACCUCUAGAGAACGUAGUCCGUUCUGACGGCACGAGGAUCUUGGUUUCCGAGCGAAUCGGUACGAAGCAGGAGUUCAAAAAGAUCAAAGUCACGAUGACCUCAAAACUCAUUGUGCUUUCUGCGCUUUGGGCGUUUUGGUCUUUCUUCUACAGCGGCACCUGGUCAACCUAUCUUGGAACGUAUUUCUCCGUUCGCUCGCGCGCUCUCUCCUCGCUCGUCUCGCCCUUCUUCUGCAUCGUCGGUUGCUUCGGUCUAGGUUUUAUCCUCGACAUGAAGAAUUUUUCGCAACGUCGCCGCGCUCAAAUUGGUCUUAUCACCGUCGUCGUCCUCAACCUCGGCGUCUACAUCUGGUCCGUCAUCAUGCAAACCCGGUUCAACGCUUCCUCUCCUGGCAAGAUCGACUGGGAUGAACCUCUUUACCCCAUCGCGUUUCUGCCCUAUUUCUUCGUCCAGACCACUGGUCCCCUAUCCCAGUCGUACAUGUACUGGCUUCUCAGCUCCUUUGCGACGGACGCACAGGCCAACGUGCGGAACGGUGCGGCGUUCAGAUGUCUUGAGGCGGUGGGGCAGGCUGUCAGCUAUGGGAUGAACACGCAGAUCAAGACGAGUCCGCUGAUUGGAUUCUGCGUUACCUUUGGAUUAAUGGCGCUUGCGUUCGCCCCAAUGCUCAUAUUGGUGAACUCGGUACCUGAUCGCAUUCCGGCCGAUGUAAUCGCCGAGGAACAGGACAAGGUGUAUACGAAGACUGAGAAUAUUGAGGCAUCGAACGGUGCAUAACGGGUGGCAGCAAAGCAUAGCGGAAUACAUUGUGGAAGCGUAGC